CACGUGACCAGCGUCUGAUUGGCUGCUUCGGGCUCGUUAUUUGAAAACGUCCUCUGGUUUGAGGCGGAGGGAAAGUUCAAAAAUUGUAGAAGCAACAACAUCGAAACUAAACUAAAGCGGUCACCAUGAACAGACACGCGAAGGGUAAAACGCCCCGCAGGCCUCCCAAAACGCCUUCCAGCAACCAAAAAGACCCGGUCGGGGUGUACUGUCGUGUCCGACCCCUCGGUGAGGAAGGCGAGGAGUGCUGCAUUGAAGUGAUCAGCAGCUCCACCAUCCAGCUGCACGCCCCUGCAGGCUUCAAAACAAACCGAAAUGGAGAAUACAAAGAGACACAAUAUUCCUUCAAAAAAGUAUUUGGAGUUUCAGUAUCUCAGAUGGACCUAUUUGAGCAUGUGGCCAAACCUCUUGUGGAUGACCUCAUACAUGGAAAAAAUGGUCUGCUCUUUACGUACGGGGUCACAGGAAGUGGAAAGACCUUCACCAUGACUGGCUCCCCAGGCCUAGGUGGACUUCUGCCUCGCUCACUUGACAUGAUCUUCAACAGUAUAGGACCCUACCAGGCCAAACGAUAUGUUUUCAAGACAGAUGACAAAAAUGGUAUGGAGGUCCAGAAUGAAGUCGAUGCUUUGUUAGAGCGCCAAAGGCGAGAAAACAAUUUGCCUGCUCCCAAAGCAACUACAGCCCGACAAAAGCUGGAUCCUGAAAUUGCAGACAUGAUUAAGCCAGAGGAGGCUUAUAAAGCAGAUGGUGUAGACGAGGACACCAGCUACAGCAUCUUUGUCUCCUACAUAGAAAUCUAUAACAACUACAUCUAUGAUCUCCUGGAGGAAACUCAGGAGGAUGCAAUCAAACCAAAGUGGAAUGGUGGAGGCACACCUGUGCGCCAGAACACUGAGUUCAUACCACCUCAGUCAAAAAUCCUCAGAGAGGAUCAGAACCACAACAUGUAUGUGGCUGGAUGUAUGGAGGUCGAAGUCAAGUCUGCUGAGGAGGCAUUUCAAGUGUUCUGGAAAGGUCAGAAGAGGAGGAAGGUUGCCAACACCCGCCUGAACAGAGAGUCCAGUCGCUCCCACAGUGUGCUCAUUAUUAAACUGGCUCAGGCACCUCUUGAUGCAGAUGGUGACAACAUUCUCCAGGAUAAAAACCAGGUGACUGUUAGUCAGCUGUGCCUGGUAGACUUGGCAGGAAGCGAGCGCACCGGUAGAACCGGAGCAGAAGGCACCCGGAUACGUGAAGCAGGUAACAUUAAUCAGUCUUUGCUGAAUCUACGGACAUGCAUCGAGAUACUUCGAGAAAACCAGAUGUGUGGCACAAACAAGAUGGUCCCCUACAGAGACUCGAAAGUAACCCAUUUGUUCAAGAACUACUUUGACGGAGAGGGCAAAGUCAGAAUGGUUGUUUGUGUCAACCCUAAAGCCGACGACUACGAAGAAACCUUGCUGGUGAUGCGGUUUGCGGAGAUGACACAGGAGGUGGAAGUGGCUCGGCCAGUGGACAGGCCUAUCUGUGGCUUCACCCCGGGCCGUCGCAAUAGAAACCAGGCAUUUAAAGAGGAGCUGUCCCGCAAGCUGGAGGAGCGAGGUGGUCCAAUAGACAGAGACAUGUCCUCUGUUAUAAACCACCUGGUGCACAACCUCCCACCUCUACCCUGCUCUGAGCUGACUGACCCUCAUGAUGACAUCACCCUGCCCAGGCUGAUCGAAGCUCUGCAGAACAGACACAGGAUCAGGCAGAUGAUGAUUGACGAAUACACCAAAGCAGCCAACACGAUGAAGUCCAUGCUUCAGCAACUGGACAGCAACCACAUGUCCAAUGAGAAUAUUAUCCAUGAACAAAACGGCAGACUCUUAGAAAAGGACAAAAUCAUCCAGAACAACAAAGCCGAGCUCGAGCGCUUGGAGAAGAAAGCCAAGACGCAAGAACACAAGAUUGACAUCCUGCAGAAAACGACAAAAAUCUAUGAGGACGACAAGCGUUCACUGCAGCAUGAGCUGGAGACCAGAGAGCAAAGGCUGCAGAGGGAGCUCAAUGACAAGAGACGCAUGGAGCAGCGCAUGCACGGCGUGGUUACUGACACCCAGCACAAGUGGGCGAAAGAAUGUGACCGACGUGUCAAUGCGAUGCAGCUGGAGAUGCAAAACAAGCUCUGGGUGAAAGACGAGAAGCUGAAGCAACUCAAGGCCAUUGUGACAGAAAGCAAGACUCCAGGUCGUCCUGAGCCUCCGCCACGUCAGACACAACCCAAGAGGCCGUCCAGAGAGGAACGUCUCCCUGCAAAGAGAUCGGCCUCGCCUUCGCCUAUGCCUACGUCGACACCAGUGCGGCCAAUGCACCGCCGCUCUCGCUCUGCUGGUGGGGAGAAGUGGGUGGACCACAAACCCUCCUCCAGCAUGGACUUGGGAACAGUUUUGCAGCCGGUCAUCCCUAAUGCCAUCCAGGUGUCUGCGCCCAGUGAGAAGGCUCUUUCUAAGUGUGACAGAUAUGUGUUAACACAUCAGGAGGUUGCCUCUGAUGGUGAGAUACAGACCAAACUUAUCAAGGGUGAGGUGAUUAAAACCAGAGGAGGAGGACAGGCUGUCCAGUUCACUGACAUCGAGACACUGAAGCAGGAGCUCACCACAGUCCCACGCCGCAAAAGAAAAUCUUCAGAAGGCAAACCUGCCAGUGGAGAUGGAACAGAUGGAGCUUGGACUGAUGUCGAGACAAGGUGCUCUGUGGCCGUUGAGAUGAGGGCUGGAUCAAACAUGGGUCCUGGCUAUGAGCAUCAUGGGAUCAACAAGCGCAGAAAACCCUAAAAGAGGCCGCCAGUUAUUCCAGUGAUCACUUCCCUCUGUCCUCAUCUGGCUGUUGUGCAAUAGUCUGAACUUUUUUAUAUUUAGCUCUAGUGAUAAUAUUUAAACAUUUUCCAUGCUUUUAUAUAUGCAAACAUGUGUCACCAAAGCUACUAUGUAAAAUAUUUUAUAUUUUGUAUUUGAACCAUCAGAAAACAAGUGUUAUUUGAUUCAGACAAGGAUGGUGGAAAACAUUUAGUUACUGUGGCCCUGCUGCUGGAAAGAGUCUUUGCACAUUUGUGUGUAAUAAUACUACAGUCACAUUGGUUACUUGGCACAUGCGGAGAUAUUGUGAAACUGCCACAAUAUUGAUUUUUGUACACCACAUACUGUUUCUGUCUGUUGUUUGUUGAAUUAUGAGCUUCAAGUAGAAUUUGAAUAAUCAAGUUGAAUUUUUUCUCUCUAUAUAUAAAAUUCUCUUUUCUUACACUGAUAAAACUGCUUUCACUGUAAACUCAGGAAUAAAAUUCCUUUGCAGCACCA